AUGAUUGUUCUGACGUGUAUCGUUCUCGUUCUUCCCACAGGCCCAACUGCCUGUCGUCGAUCACAGUCACUCCCACUGUGGUCCACGUUCGAUGCAAAUUACGCGGACUGUGCCUCAACCACAGCCGAAAUCGGCGCAACGAACCCAGUGUUUAGUCGCUCAACUCCGGAAUGGCUAGAUCUUCGUGAUUGCGCCCUUGGGGCACAGCAACCUAUAUUAUCAGAUUCUGCGAUUGGCUCUUUUCCACACAGAACGGAUUCGUCUGUUGAUUUAUCUUGUUGUUUGGAGCUCUAUACCAAUCCCUCUUCCAGCAGUGUACUAAAUGCUUCCUCCGAUGAUGUUGCUUCAUCACUGGCGCACAAAAAAUUCUCUGGUGUAUCCCAAACUGCUUUUCUUGGAACGCCGUCUGGUGAUGUAAAUUUUUCGUCACCGGAUACGGAACUGCGUCAAACGGAUGCGUCAUAUCAGUCCAAUUCUGUUGAGACGGUCCCCUCGCAUUUGCCAGUUGUGCAAAAUGAUAUGCCAUCUGCAGAUUCUUUGGCACGGUUGCAAUCUCAACUUAUUCCACGGUUGUCUCCAGAAUGGGAUUUUAUCGGCAGUCUACUACGUCUCGCUCGUCGUUUGAUGCCUUUAACCUCCAAAGGACAGCGUACGGCAUAUUUACAAGCAGAACUGGCUAAUUUGAAUCUUCAUCUCCCUGCUCGCGUUUGGAUCCCUGUGAACAAAGCUGACCACAUCAUUCUCCGCAUUCCUCCCACAGCUGCGGUUUGUUUGAAUUCAAAGAACAAAGCCCCAUAUCUCAUAUAUUUGGAAGUUCUAUCAUGUGUUGACCCUUGGACCGAACCCCUUCCUUCAAAGCCUAUCAUAAAUACUUCUGGUCAAUCCAUGAACUCUUCCACCCCGACCGGAGCUACAUCAUUCACUUCGUUGUCCGGUUGUCCGUGGAACUCCAACACGCCUUCUUCCGCUAGUGAAAGCGGCUUGCAUCCUCUUGAUGCAAUGAGUUUGUCAUCCGAUGACUCAGUGAAUAUCUUGAAAGGAUCCAUUGGGUGUUUGGAAAGACCGUUGGCGUUCGAGUCCUUGUUGCCACUCCCGAACGGUGAAAUCACUUCGGCUGCGUCUACGACGGCUGACCUGUCUUCACCACCAAAUCCUCCUGUGUACAUUAGUGCCAGUCAAAUCCGCAGUCGACUUAAGGAUCAAUCGGAACGCCACCCAAACUACUCUUUCAUCUCCGAUCCGGAGGACCCCAGUGCUGCGGUUUUGAAAGAGCCUUGGCGCAUGAAAUGUCAACGCAUUCGAGAAUUAUCACCCUGGGGCAGUCUUCCUGGAUGGCGACUGAAUGCUGCCAUUAUUAAAGUUGGUGACGAUUUGCGUCAAGAACAGUUGGCCUACCAACUGCUCAGUGUGCUACAACGCAUCUGGCAGGCAGAAUAUAUUCCUUUAUGGUUACGCCCGUUGAAAGUCAUCGUUACAUCACCCGAUAGUGGAUUAAUCGAACCUGUACCUGAUACAGUGUCCUUUCAUCAAAUCCGCCGACAUGCACGCCUGUCUCUUUUGGAUUAUCUGUUAAAAGAACAUGGACCACCCAAUUCAGAGGCAUUUCUGACUGCUCAGCGAAAUUUUGUUCACAGUUGUGCUGCAUACUCCGUUGUUGGUUAUCUUUUACAAGUGAAGGACCGGCACAACAGUAACAUCUUGCUGGACAGAGAAGGCCACGUCAUCCACAUAGACUAUGGAUUCAUCUUGUCUGCUUCACCUGGAAAAAAUAUUGGCUUCGAAGCAAGCCCAUUCAAGCUGACUGCGGAACAGGUUGCCGUCAUGGGUGGGGUCGGCAGCGACAUGUUCGAAUACUUCAAGUGCCUUUUACUACGUGGUCUUUUGGCUGCUCGGAAACACAUGGAACGAAUAUGUGUGCUUGUCGAAAUCGCUCGAGCUACCUGCCCCCAACUACCAUGCUUCGCACGCGGUGGAGGCUCGGCGGCAAUCUCUGGUCUACGGCAGCGGUUUCAGAUGUCGCGAACAGAGGAACAGCUCCGCCAAUCCACCGAGCACAUGGUUGAAGCUUCUUUGCAUUCAAUAACUACGAAACUAUACGAUAGUUUCCAGUACUAUACCAAUGGGAUCCAGUGAUACUAGGUACAUUCCACGUUUUCGUUCUACGCUCAGAAGUCGCCGUUUCCUCGUCACCUGCUUGCUGGUCAGUUUUGAACUAUACCACGCUUUCCAUUUGUGUUUGGUCAAGGUGACUCCUAAAAUGUGAUACAGUUCAAAAGAGAUACAAGGCUGUUUAUUAUUUUGUGAACUUUUUUUUAUCCAUUUUGUUAUUUUGUGACAUUUGCGUAUAUUUUUAUUCUACCUCCGGGAUGUGCAUACAAACUAUGGCAUAAGGACACAACUUACUUGCUUUCCAUACUUUUUAAACAUUCGUCUACUAUGACUUCGACUUUGCCUGUUAUCUGCUCGCACUGUACAGACUAACGAUGCUUCAGUUGCAUACCGGUUGAUCUUCCUCCGUUUUGUCUCAUGCACCCUUAGUUUUCUUUCCAUUGCACCAUGAUUGACCCAUGCUAGUGCUGGAUGGUUCUUGCGUUUUUUGAUCGGUUUCGUCCUUCAUUGACUUUCUUUGACAGGUAUCGGAAUACAUUUCUCGUCAGCUUUUCAACAGUG